AUGAAGCUUUGGCUGCUGCUCGGACUCCUGCUGGUGCACGAAGCGCUGGAGGAUGUUGCUGGCCAACACCCUCCCAAGAACAAGCGUGCAAAAGAGCCAGGAGAGAAUAGAAUCAAACCUGCCAACAAAAAGGUGAAGCCCAAAGUUCCCAAAAUAAAGGACAGGGACGCAGCGGACUCAACACCAAAGACACCGUCUAUCAUGAUGCAAGUGAUGGAUAAAGGUCGCUUCCAGAAACCUGCUGCUACCCUGAGCCUGUCGGCGGGGCAGACUGUAGAGCUCCGAUGUAAAGGGAGUAAAAUCGGAUGGAGCUAUCCUGCCUAUCUGGACACCUUUAAGGACUCUCGGCUCAGUGUCAAACAGCACGAGCGCUAUGGCCAGUUGACUCUGGUCAAUUCCACAGCUGCUGACACAGGCGAAUUCAGCUGUUGGGGGCAGCUCUGCAAUGGCUACAUCUGCAGGAAGGAUGAGGCCAAAAUGGGCUCGACCUACAUCUUUUUCACAGAGAAAGGCGAGCUGUUCGUGCCGUCUCCCAGCUACUUCGAUGUUGUCUACUUGAACCCAGACAGACAGGCGGUGGUUCCCUGCCGGGUAACGGUGCUGUCCGCCAAAGUCACCCUGCACAGGGAGUUCCCGGCCAAGGAGAUCCCGGCCAAUGGGACAGACGUGGCCUACGACGUGAAGCGUGGCUUCGUGUACCUGCGGCCACGGGCCACACAGCAGGGCGUCGUCUACUGCAGGGCCGAGGCUGGAGGCAGGUCGCAGGUCUCCGUCAAAUACCAGCUGCUCUACGUGGAAGUUCCCAGCGGUCCUCCUUCAACCACCAUCGUGGCCUCCUCAAACAAGGUGAAGGGCGGGGAUGACAUCAGCGUGGCCUGCACCGUCCUGGGGGAGCCCGACGUCGAGGUGGAGUUCAGGUGGAUCUUUCCAGGGCAGAAGGACGACAGGCCCGUGACAAUUCAAGACUCUUGGAGGCUGAUCCACAGAGGACGCGGUCACACCACAAGAAUCUCCCAGAGCGUCAUCACGGUGGAGGACUUUGAGACCAUUGACGCAGGGUAUUAUAUUUGUACCGCACAGAAUCCUCAAGGACAGACGACAGUAGCUACCACCGUUGAGUUUUCCUGACGUGGAAAAGGGAAGUAUGAUGAACUUAUGGAAGCCCUAUUUGUAGAAUUAAAUGAUGGGCUUUGGGAUUCAUUUUAUUAGUGCUUAGCUGAAGGGCUGACGUCUAGUACCUGACCCUAACCCCUGCCCUCAUGAGUCAGACCCAGACGUCCAAACUCAAAGGAAGUCAUUGGGUCCGUUAAUACAAGUGUUAACUUUUUUAACACAAAACACGUAUUUUGGGUUGCUUGCCUACAUCUGUGUUUCUAGUUUUUAUAAGUAAAUAUGUAAACAACUUUAUAUAAUCAUGUCUAUUAAAGGAGCAAUUUUUUGUAAAUAAAAAAAUGGGGUAAGUGCUUGUUUUUUUAAAGUACAGCCAGAGGGACAUAGCGGGCAGCAAUAUUUGGGUCAAUACCUAGUGUUGACUACAACACACUAAAAUUUUAAGAUGUACUAAUCUAUAGUUCAACUACUGAGCCACAAGCACCAACUUGAAAGCAAAUGUGAGUUAAUUUAUGAUAAUUGAAAAACAUUCUAUAUACUUGAUUUUUAAUUCUGGAUGAGUCUAUUCAGUAAGGGUGAAAACAUGUUUUUAAAAGUGUAACUG